AUGGCGCUGCCCAGAGUCCUGCUCACCAAGGAGCCGGCACCGCAAACGGUGCCCAUCUACCAGCUGCCCAUGAAGGUGUACGAAGCCCCGCUGAAGACGGGGCCCGACUCCUCCAGCGGGCUGGCUACGGCCGGCUACCGCACCGCCAAGUAUCUGCCCCCGGAGUGGCACCAGACCAACUGCGAGCUGCACCACAAGGCCCACAUCGGCUGCGAGCAGGCGGAGCGCAACCAGGAUGAGUCCAAGGAGCUGGCCGAGCACACCGCUGCCGCUGCCAUGCGGGCUCAGCAGGACUCCACGGCCGCCCUGGGCCUGCGCCUGAAGGACCUACACUUCUGGAAGUCCGAGCUCCAGAGGGAGAUCGAGGACCUGGAUGAAGAGACCAGGCUGCUGGGAGAGCAGAAGCUGCGGCUGGAAAGGUCGCUGGAUGCCACUGAGCUGUGCUAUGCCAUUGCCAAUGACAACCUGCAGUGUCGGGAGAGGAGGCAACCCCCAGACCUGGUCAGUGAUGAGGUGGAGAGCGAGCUGCUGAAGGAGGCUGAGCUGAUCAGAAGUGUCCAGGAGCUUUUGAAAAGAACUUUGGGGCAAGCUGUGAACCAGAUGAGAUUAAAUCGAGAUCACAAGGAGGUUUGUGAGAUGGACUGGUCAGACAAAGUGGAGACAUACAACAUCGAUGACAAAUGUGGAAGAUACAACAACCAGAGCACCAACAUCCAGUUCCACCCAACUUCCAUGAAGUACGAGGAGAGUGCCUCAACACCAGAGACAUGGGCCAAGUUCAGCCAUGACAACAUCUAUAGGGCAGAAAGAGAGAAAUUGGCUUCCAUCAGCCUCCGGAACCUGAUUGACAACAUCCUUCAUGAUGUGUCUGAGGACCUGAGGAGGCAAUGUGCUGCUGUCAAUGAGGCUUUUGCCAGAUAUUGUGAGGAGCUGAAUGAUGCAAAACACAAACUAGAGCAUCAUUUGGGGAAAGUCCUUAAGGAGAUUGGAAACCAAGAAGCCAACAUUGCUGCUCUCAAACAAGCCAUCAAAGACAAAGAAGCCCCACUGAAAGUGCUCCAAACAAGGCUGUAUGACAGGUCCUUCAGGCCCAAUGUAGAGCUCUGCAGAGAUGAAGCCCAGCUCAGUUUGAUCAGUGAAGGUGAAGCAUUGAUGGAGUCCAUUAAAGCCCUGAAGAAAAAACUGCUGGAAGCAGAAGAGUCUCUGAGGAACCUGGAAGACACCCGGAUGGAUUUAGAAAAAGACAUAGCUGUGAAAACAAACAGUAUUUUUAUUGCCAGGCAGAAGUGCAUGACCCAUCGCACACACUACCCUCCUGUUUGCAGAUUAGCAGGUUACCUGCAGUAA